UCAAAAGAAAUUUAUAAUAUAUUAAUCGAUAUUUAUCAAGUUUUUAUCCAUUUACCUAAACAACAAAUAAAGCUCAGGAUAUUAAUUGCAUUAUUGAAAAGCGUAAGAUCAGGGUUACACUCUAUAAAUAAACCUUCGAGAUGUGAUAAAUAUAUACGAAAGUGAAAUAAAAAUAUGUAUACAAGACCAAGGGUCCGAUCAACUAAUAUUGAAUACAUAACCCGAAGUACUUCUAUUUCUUUUACUGAUAAAAAUGAAUUGACAGAUACGCACUUCAGAUGGGAAAGCAUUAAAAAGUUCCUCUACCUCGCUUAUGCAUCUUCAUCGUCUAUAUUCACCUUUGAUAUUUUUUCAGGAGUGACACUUGAAAGAGUAUUUUUCUUGGACUAUUGUGUCGGUACUUUGGCUUUUGGAAUGAGUUAUAUGAUUAUGGACUUCUUUAUAAAACAGUACACCAGAAAGUUAGAUACAAGUGAAUCAUUAAAUCCAUUGUUAAGAGGAGUUUCAUUUGGAAUUUUAUGCCAGACCGUUCUAUGGGCGCUGCUUAAUUCGCUAAGCUUGGCCGAUUCGUUACGUUUCAUGAGUACAAAUUUUCGUGACUUGCCAAGCUGGAUGGAUUGCAGCUUUGUUACUGAGAAUAGAACCUGCAUAUCUGAUAAAGACGUGCUAGUUAGGUGCCGAUCGAACACUCUCACUGAUGUUCGUAAUACGUCAGCACAUGUAAAUUAUGAACGAUUAUUUAUACUCUACGACAGACACAACGUAUCGGUGCAGUGUUUUGUAAUUGCAUCUGUGUGGUUGGGUGUGUUCUUUAUAGCAACUAUCACGACUAACUCAUUGUUGAAGUUUUUAAGGCUCAGUUUCCUCUGGAGUGUAUUUUCUACGUUACUUGUUGUAUUUUGCUUAUUAAUCUCAGCACACACCUUGAUUGUAAUUGCCUUUUACCAGUUAAUGGAUUUGAGAGAUUUAAAUUUCGCACAGGACCACUCAAUGAAGCGAAUGAACGAAAUGUUUAGUGUUGGUUUGAUUGGAGUUUACGAUUUUGGCGCAAUAUCUCCAUAUACUAUGGUAGACACGACAGUGUUGAUAUUUGGAACAGUCUCCACGAUACUUGCAUUGGCCCGUUCGUUGAUUAUGAGGGUGCUUUACUUGUCGCUCUCUAGAUGUGUGAAAAUCUCAAUAGCAGUCACACCACACUAUUUAUUGUUUGUCCUGUUACCCUUGAGCGCGGAGUUCACCGAUCUUCAUAACUUAUACACGAUGUAUGUCUACGUAUAUAUGACAGUUGUACUAACGCCUGGUUUGGUUAUGAUGAUGUUGACAGUAACAAAGUUGCUGCACAAUGAAAUUCCUUCAGUGAAAAGCAUCUAUAUAACAGGAGUUUUGUGCUUUCUUGGAUUUUCUUUAAGUAUACCCUUGAGCAUGAUGCCACCAACAAAAAUGAGAGUUCUCCUUAUAGGGCAUAGAUUGUGCACUUGCUAUUUGGGCAGUUUUAAAACUUUACUCGUUAUGUGGGUGUAUGGUGUGAAAAAUUUUUGUACUGAUGUACAAUUUUGGUUAGGUUUUAAGCCAACGAAACUAUGGAGAUGGUUAUGGUGCAUGCUACCUGUGUUAUUUUUGAUACUUGCCAUACUAAGGUUUUUUGAAUUGUUGCAAGUGCCAGAUUUUAGCAAUCAGCUAUGGGGAUUAAUAUGGAUUAUAAUUUCAAUGCUUAUUGUUACGUUUUUUCAAAUUAAGACAAUAUCAAGAUAUAUACUCAGAAAUAAUUUAAUGGGUAUAUUUCGUUCAAACUCCAAAUACGGCCCGCCUGAACCAAAAGAUCGCAAGCUGAGGAAAUCAUUUGAUGAAAGUAUUUUAUAUCGUCAGUGUAAUCACGACUGUAUUGUGUUAACGGAAAAAAUUGAAUGCAAUCAUUUGCCGUUGAUGAACUUAAAUAAAUUAGACAAGCUGUCUGAAAAUAGUAGCUCCUUAGCGUCCUUACAAAAAAUUUAUGAUGCCAGUGAAAACAAGAAGAAAACUUCAAGUGUUCUUGGCUCCACUCUGCACAUUAAUAAUUAAUUUAUACUUAUUAUAAUCAUUGCUUUUUAUAAACACAUAA